GGUUCGGCCCAUUAGACAGAGUAAGAACGCAUGACUUCCGGUGGCUUCAGACUCUCGGGUCGAAAGCACGAUAAGCAGAACGGCGAAAACUUGUUUGUUUCCCAGGAAAAUAGUGAGAGAAAAAUAGGCAUGUCAUCAAGAGCUGCAGCAACGCCUCCAUACCCGAGUGCGGCAAGAAUCGCCGAUUCUCCGUGCUUCCCUCAGUACACUGCCUCUCUCAAAUGUCUGGAAGAAUAUGGCUCAAAGGACAAGAGUAAAUGCCAAGAGCAUUUUGAUGUUUACAAGGAAUGCAAGAAAAAGGAGAGGGAAGCUCGUUUGGAACGCAACAAGAGUCGCUCCUUCUUCUCAUGAAAUCCCUUUUGAGAUUUUCUUCCUUAUUUCUAUGGAGCUGAAAUUCAUAAGUUACUAGGGGGUUUGAUCAUUUUCUCCUGUGCCAUUGCUAUAGAGUUCAACAGAAUCUCGACAAAAAAUCUGUAUAAAUCUGACUAUCUUAUGGAAUAUAGAAAGUCAAUACAAUGUUCUUUUAUUGUGUUCAAUAAUGGCAACCAUGCUUGAUUUAGCCAUUUGGAAGAGUAUCUUGGUUUGCCUAAUAAUUAGAUUGGUAGAAAGAAAUCUCUGUUCUGUAUAUUAGUAGCAAAAUGUUUUCCUGCAGCCUGCAGCCUGCAGCAGUGAGAGAUUCAACUUGAAUGGCAUAUAAGCCUGAGUUGCUGCUUGCAAGCCCCCAAGAAUUCCCUGGGCAAGCAUCCUAAAGAAAAAUCAGAUGGGAAUGCCAUGGCAGUUGAAUUGCAUUUAAUAUCAAAUUAAUCGCACAAAAUUUGCACCCGAAAUAUUUUAAUUUUG